AUGGAGGGUGGGAGAACGAAGGGUGAUAAAGUAGAGGGGGUGUGUUGGUAUAAAUUUAGGAGGGGUGAUCUUAUUGGAAUGAAUGAGAGAAUGGAGGUGAGGGAGGGUGUGUGUGGGGAGAGUGAAGAAGCGGUCCUAAAAGAAGAUAUGCUUCAGCCAUGCGCUUACACACACAAACACGUGCGCAUACAUGCAUGCAAAUAUAUAUAUAUAUAUAUAUAUAUAUACACGUGUGCGCACGUGUGUGUAUGUGUGUGUGUAAGCGCAUAUUUGUUUGUCGCUCCGUGCACGCGGUUGUGCCAAUGA